CAAGCCUUCAUUGUAAUUGCGGCCUUGCUGUCUGUGACGGCAAAUGCAGCAAGCUGUCAGCUUUCAGCUUAUUCAUGCCUCGCCUCGAAUUCGGCUGCUUAUGCAUACUGUACCUCAGCACUGGGCGUUGCGACAGAAGCAGUUGUCACCUCUUUGGACGUUAUAUCAAGAACGACGACACUCUCAGAUGUGCCCACUAGCACGGUCACUGUCACCUCAACCAAGUCAAUCGUCUCCAAGACCACUUUGACAACAUUUACGACACCUUCUGCUAAAGCGACUGGCAGACGACGUAGGAGAGUAGCAUCAUGCGAUACAGCCGAGAACAUACUGUCUGGACUAGACAACUCAGAGCUGACAGAAGCAUGCUCUUGUAUUGGAGCAUUGCCGUCUGUCGAAGGUGCUCUGAUGAAGGCAGCACCAUCGACCACAACUCUGACUGGAGAAGUAUGGUUCACCGUGGCUCCUGAAGUCACGACCUCAAUCACACAGACUGUAUCGACUCUGUCUGUCUCAACAGUCAAGAUGGCAGCACCUUCAUUCACACAGGUCUGGGGACCGAAAGCUGGCUGUAACGAUAUAGGCAUGAAAUCCGUGCAGACCUUCAUGCUUUCCACUCUAAACGAGUCUCAUGUUACUGAAAUCUGCAAAGAUACCUGCUUAGCAAACAACUUCUGGAACUGCUAUUACAACAAUCAUACCUUCAGUGAGGAGAGGGAUCUCAAUUGCAGCAAGGACACAUCGAUAUGGGGCAUGGCUAAAGGUCACAAGUAA